UCGGAAAAAGCGACCAAACGUGCUAGACGUUUUAUCUCCCCCGUCAAGGAUUGGUACAGCCCCUCCGAUGUUUUACACAUAGAGACGGCAAUUUUUGUGGACACGGAUCUGUAUAAACAUAUGGCAAAGAAUUUUCCCAAAGAUACCAGCUCUCAUUUGAUACGUUUCGUCUUGGCCAUGAUCAAUGGUGUCCAACUGCUCUAUCAUCAUCCCUCUUUGGGCCGAAGAGUUAAUUUUGUUCUCAAACGUUUAGAGAUUUUGGAAAAAGAUCCCUUGGAUUUACCACGAUCAAGCGAUAUUGAUAUUUAUUUGAGUAAUUUUUGUAAAUGGCAGACGCGAUGGAAUUCGGCCAAAGAUCCAAAAUUGCACUAUGAUCAUGCUGUCAUAUUAACGGGUCUCGACUUGUAUGUGGUGGAUAAGAAAGGCAAACUGAUUAAUCAAGUGGUUGGUCUCGCACCAGUGGCUGGCAUGUGCAUCGAAACAUCAUCGUGUACCAUUAACGAGGGCAAACAUUUCGAGAGUGUUUUUGUGGUAGCUCAUGAAAUUGGCCACAAUUUAGGUAUGCGCCAUGAUAGCAUCGAUAAUGGCUGUGAACCCACCUCUCACAUAAUGUCACCAACACUGGGCAGUGGCAAAAUCACAUGGUCGAAAUGCUCACGAGAUUCAUUGAACUUGUUUUUGGAGAAAUCCCAAGCCAAAUGCCUGUUCAAUCGUGCCGAGUUUAAUCACAAUUUGGACCACUCGGCUGAGGGCAUCUUGCCCGGAGAACGUUUCGAUGCCAAUCAACAGUGUAUGCUGAAAUAUGGCAAGGAGUCGACUAGGGCCCGUAGUCAAUCGUUGGCGGAUAUUUGCCGGGACUUACACUGCCAGAGGGAUCGUUAUACAUGGACCUCGCAUCCGGCCUUGGAGGGUACUGCAUGUGGUGAUAAUAUGUGGUGCCGCAGUGGCUUCUGUGUUGUCAAGCGCAUCGAACCUUAUUCAGCCUCUAAGCAGACUGCAGGUCUUACAAAGGCAAAUUAUGACAAGGCCGCCUUUAUGGAUGGCCCAAAGUCGGGAAAUUUGUUACACGAAUAUCAGAAGCCCUCUAGCAGUUGGAGUGAAUGGAGUGAGCCAAGUGCCUGUGAUUCCAGCUGCCUGUAUGGCCCCUCAAAACGUUUGAGCGAGGGUAGCACGGGACUCAAAGUGUAUACCCGAAAAUGUGUCGACUAUAAACGUCGUUGCAUUGGACGCGAUCAUAAAUUUGAGACAUGCGUUGCCAAACAAUGCUACAGUGUUCCUAUGCUGACGGUGGCCGAUUUUGCCAAACAAGUUUGUGAAAAAGCGAAAAAAUUCGAUGGUGAGCUAACCGGUGAAGGGGAGCAAAUAUCCGGCAACAUUGAAGAAUCCUGUAAGGUCUAUUGUAAAACUAAAACAAAUGGUACUAAAUCACGAAGUUGGACUUUUCCGGAUGGCACUACAUGCAUUUCGAAACUGUAUCGCAAUGAUGAGCCAUCCUAUUGUAUUCAAGGACGUUGUGAAAAAUUCUCCUGCGAUAAUUCGACGAGUAAUUAUUAUAAAAUCGAUAAUAUCUUUUGUAAGCAGCAGGAUAGGAACAAUGAUAUGGAUAAUGAUACAAUACGGCGUAGUUCGGCAUCGUCGUCAUCGGUGACAUAUCAAACGUAUGGCAAUCAAAUACCUAUGGGACCACCGGUUACAACGCAUGCCACAGCAACGGCGGCAUAUAAUAAUUAUGACGAAUAUAAAUAUCGCAGUAAUACCAACAACAACAAUAAUAAUAAACAUUAUUAUGAUCGUGGGCCAAGUGCGGAUCGUAUAUAUGGACCCACAACGGUGCGCAGUAAAUAUGAAAAUGAAGUUGCUGUUAAACCCUUCCAUGGCCAAUAUAAUCAUGACACGACCACCUAUCGUCGAAAAUCUGAUAAUUAUGCCCCCUGGAAUAAGUACAGUUAUCACGUGAACGAUCAUGUACCGUCCGAAUCCUCAUUCCCCAAAUCACCAACGUCAAUUGCGGUCGCUACACCCGGUCCCCUGGAAGGCAAUGAAAAUGUAUGGGUAGUAAAGUCGGGAUGUUAUUCAAGUUGUAUGGCUCGUUCCAAGGGUAUACAGGUAGUUAUGAAUCGCAAAACGGGUGAAAAGAAUAUACAGCUAUGUACGCACACAGUUAAGCCUUGUGAACGUUUGCAGACCACUGGAGAAUUUGCCGAUAAUACCUGUUCUGGGUAUAAGACCAAAGUUCGUGGCCUUUCGGGUCAUGGCAUUCAAAUCGCUGCGAGUGUUGAGAAUCCUGAUCGUAGCUGUCGUGUCGGUUGUCAAGAUGAAUUUAUACAACAUCGUUUCUAUUUGGUCAACGGCAAUUAUGGUCACUUCCCGCUGGGUACCCGUUGUUCGAAUAGCGAAGAUCGUUACUGUGUUCAAGGCAAAUGUUUAGAAUUUGGUCCAGAUCAUAUACCACUGCAAAAAUCUCAUAUAAGUUUGGCACUAUUCCGCAGUCGCCGAUCGGCUAAGAAACAUCAACAACACACGAGGAAGAAGCGAAGUUUCCUAUACUACGAUCCGGUGAAUAUAACCGAAACAUUGACACAAGAUUUUAUCGAUAAUAUUGUAAACAGUAUUAUAAAUCUGGAAGCGAAUCAAAGGAAUGAAGAUUCACUUCUUGAUCAUCACAUCGAAUUUACAAAUCCCAUAACAUAUCCCAUGGAUGAAGAACACCACAAGGCCCAUGAACAUUAG